UUCACAUUCCCGGAAGGGGAGCAGGUCUGCAGAGGAGGAGGAAAAAGAAAACAAAUAGGAUUUCCUCCCACCUUGGCCCCCCAAAGCAGACAAUGGAGAAGGCAGUCAGAACUCUCUAGGGCCAUGUUCAAUGGAAAUAACGAAGAAACCAUUUAAAUACAUACAUUGUGAAAAGAAAAGGGAGAAACAAUUUGAAAGUAUGGAGUUUGGGAAGAGCUUCAGUGACAGUGGAACCAUAAGAAAACAUCAACAGACUCACACUGAGGAGAAAACAUUUAAAUGUAUGGAGUGUGGAAAGUGCUUCACUGAAAGAGGAAACCUUAGAACUCAUCAACGAACUCACACGGGGGAGAAACCAUUUAAAUGCAUGGAGUGUGGAAAGUGCUUCAAUGAAAGAGGAAACCUUAGAACUCAUCAACGAACUCACACGGGGGAGAAACCAUUUAAAUGUAUGGAAUGUGGAAAGAGCUUCAGUUGGAAUGGAAACCUUAGAAUUCAUCAACGGACUCACACGGGGGAGAAACCAUGUAAAUGUAUGGAGUGUGGAAAGAGCUUCAUUCACAGUGGACACCUUAGAAUUCAUCAACGAAUUCACACGGGGGAGAAACCAUUCAAAUGUGCGGAAUGUGGAAAGAGCUUCAGUCAGAAUGGACACCUUAGAAUUCAUCAACGGACUCACACAGGGGAGAAACCAUUUAAAUGUAUGGAAUGUGGAAAGAGCUUCAGUGAAAGUGGAGUCCUUAGAACUCAUCAACUGAGUCACACAGGGGACAAAUCAUUUAAAUGUAUGGAAUGUGGAAAGAGCUUCAUUCGGAGUGGACACCUUAGAAGUCAUCAACGGAGUCACACGAAGGAGAAACCAUUUCAAUGCAUGGAGUGUGGAAAGAGCUUCAGUCACAGUGGAAACCUUAGAAUUCAUGAACGGACUCACACGGGGGAGAAACCAUUUCAAUGCAUGCAGUGUGGAAAGAGCUUCAGUCAGAGUGGAAACCUUAGAUUUCAUGAACAGACUCACACGGGGGAGAAAUCAUUUAAAUGUGUGGAAUGUGGAAAGAGCUUCAGUAAGAAUGGAUACCUUAGAAUUCAUCAACGGACUCACACAGGGGAGAAACCAUUUAAAUGCAUGGAGUGUGGAAAGAGCUUCAGUUACAGUGGAAACCAUAGAAUUCAUCAACGGACUCACAUGGGGGAGAAACCAUUUCAAUGCAUGGAGUGUGGAAAGAGGUUUAGUCAGAAUGGACACCUUAGAAUUCAUCAAUGGAGUCACACGGGGGAGAAGCCAUUCAAAUGUGCGGAAUGUGGAAAGAGCUUCAGUCAGAGUGGACACCUUAGAAUUCAUCAACGGACUCACACGGGGGAGAAACCAUUUCAAUGCAUGGAGUGUGGAAAGUGCUUCACUGAGAGUGGAUACCUUGAAAUUCAUCAACGGACUCACACGGGGGAGAAACCAUUUAAAUGCAUAGAGUGUGGAAAGUGCUUCAGUCAGAGUGGAAACCUUAGAAUUCAUCAACGGACUCACACGGGGGAGAAACCAUUUCAAUGCAUGGAGUGUGGAAAGAGCUUCAGACAGAGUGGAGACCUUAGAAUUCAUGAACGGACUCACACGGGGGAGAAAUCAUUUAAAUGUGCGGAAUGUGGAAAGAGCUUCAGUCAGAAUGGAAACCUUAGAAUUCAUCAACGGUGUCACACGGGGGACAGACUAUUUAAAUGUAUGGAAUGUGGAAAGAGCUUCAUUCACAGUGGACACCUUAGAAUUCAUCAACGGAGUCACAUGGGGGAGAAACCAUUUCAAUGCAUGGAGUGUGGAAAGUGCUUCACUGAAAGUGGAAAACUUAGAAUUCAUCAACGGACUCACACGGGGGAGAAACCAUUUCAAUGCAUGGAGUGUGGAAAGAGGUUUAGUCAGAAUGGACACCUUAGAAUUCAUCAACGGAGUCACACGGGGGAGAAACCAUUCAAAUGUGCGGAAUGUGGAAAGAGCUUCAGUCAGAGUGGACACCUUAGAAUUCAUGAACGGACUCACACAGGGGAGAAACCACUUAAAUGCAUGGAGUGUGGAAAGAGCUUCAGUCACAGUGGAAGCCUUAAAAUUCAUCGACGGACUCACACGGGGGAGAAACCAUUUCAAUGCAUGGAGUGUGGAAAGAGCUUCACUGAGGGUGGAAAACUUAGAAUUCAUCAACACACCCAUACGGGGGAGAAACCAUAUAAGUACUAGGGCAGUAGAUAGAGGUUCAGUUGUAGUGGAAGUGUUUGAAGCCAUCAAAAGAUUCGGAGUGUUAAGAGCUGUAAGAGUAGAAAAUACAAGCCAUCAAGUAAGUAAAAGAAGGGAAACUGUUUAAAUAGAAGGUGUGUGAAGAAAAUGCGUCCAAAAAAUAUUUCGGAAUGUCUUUAUAGAGGAUAAUUGGUAAAUUCUGUACCACUAGAUUCUUCUUAUAAUGCAGGCCUAGUAUCUGGUCUCUUUGAUCUCUAUUUUGAAAAACCAGCAUACAGUCAUUCACCACCUUAGAGCCUUUCUUUCCCCUUCUCCUUUUUAUCCAAAUCUGUAGGCCUUCACUAUUGUAGCAGCUAAGCUGUCUUCAUCUAAGUCCCAAAAGGUGGCAAACACUUUCACUAUAUAGUCUUUCAAGUUUUCUUGCUCUAAUUCCGGUUGGUCUCUCACUCUCAAAUUCUGUUCUCUCUCCUUCAGCUGUAAUGUCGCAAUCUCAAUCUCAGCUGCUUCCUGUUGUUUUUCUAAAUUUUUAAUUUUCCCCUCUUCCAAAGACUCCAAUCUUUGAUCAACUCCUGCCACCCGCUGUUUAGUUAGUUCAAAAUCUUCUUUUAAUACAACUACGUCUUUCCCAAUUUUCUUUAUACCUUGUGUAUUUUGCUUAAUGAAUACAGUAUUUUCCUUUACAUCUUUUCCCAGCUCUUUAAUAUCAUUUGAAAGUGUUUGCACACUUGACUUCAAACUAUCUGACAGACUGGCAAUUGCUGCCAGUAUCUGCUCUUCUCCUUUCAUAGAGCCCUUUCUUUCUUGCUGUUUUUUCCUAGUGACAAUUUGACCUACUGGUGUGCCAGCAUCCAUUACGACAUUUGGCGCAGCCUUGAGAACAAAAUCAAUAAGUCUAUAACGAGUCUGGGAACUCUCCUCUGAUUCAAGGUCAAACAAUAGAGUCUAUCUCUUCCCAGCAAUCUUUUCCCCAACUCCCAAGACAAGCCUCAACGUUUUCAGAGUUUCCUUUCUUUUCGGACAGUUAUAGCCAAGACAGAGGACUUGAGUCAAAAGAAGUAAAAGAGUCUAAAGCACUUCUCCAGUCGUUGCAUAGGUUUACCUUGUUGCAGAUAAAGUUAAUUCAAAGUCACUUUAAUAAUAUCCAGGCAAGCACCACAGCUUCAAAGUAUCCAGUUCGGAAACGAAAGUAACAAGUCUUUUGAUCUUAACAAUGGCUGCCCGCUGACUGACCCAGAAUCUUUAAUCCAGAGGGUGAGCGGCUCCUUUUAAGCAAUUAAUUUGUAAAUCCACAGGGAUAGAAAACACUCUUUUACCCCCCCUCCCCUGCACUUCAGGGGGGGAUAUCUCAGUCACAGUCUCAAGCAGAUGCUUAAAGAAAGAAAAGUAAAUUCGCGGCUUCAGCUGCUUUGCCGUUACUUUCCUUUGCCGCAGAUGGGGGGGUGGACUUCCCUUUUAACCCCUCUCCCGUGCCAAAUUUUCUUUAUAAUUUAAAUUCUUUAAAUCAGUUCUACUCAUGGUAGUCCAGCUUUAAAUCCAAAUUGUAAGGAAGAAUGAAGCGCUCAGAACUGACAGCUACACUGCUUCACGAAGACAGGUUAGCGAUUGAUCCAUAGUGCCGCGUCUCCUCUUCACUCCUCUCAGCAGUCCCUUCAGGGUCUACCGGGGAGUAAACAGGGCGCUCUAAGGCACCCGCCGGAUCCCACGUCCCCAAGACUCUCGACUGGGGUUUAUUCGGGGGUCUGUAGCGCGGGUACAGGAACCCCCAUUGUCUGAAAUCGCUGGAGUCUCUCGGAGCCGAGAAGACUCCCAGCCAUCGAGAAUGGUGCUCUAAAGGACUCUCCUUCAGCUACAAAGAAAAAAGAAUAAGGAUUAGAUCAUUUGAGGAUAAAGUGAAAUUUUUGGAUAAACACGCAGCUGACUUCGAAGGAACAGACAAGACUCCCUACCCUGCACUCGACUUUCCUACGCUACCACCACCAUUACCAAGAAGAGAUCCAUUGGAACAGCGAAGCGCAGCUGGAGGAACAGACCCAGAACCUAACCCUGACCAAGAGUAGAAGGAAUUUUUUUUUCAGAGAAACAGCAAUAUGGCCUUAAAGAUAUUAACUUGGAACAUUACGGUUAUAAUUCUAAGGCUAAAAGGAACCAGGUAUAUCAUAUAUUGGAAAAGAAAAAUUUAGAUUUAAUAUGUUUACAAGAAACUCACGUGACAAGACAACAUAGAAGAGUCCUUCAAAAUAAAAAAUUAGGCCAAGAAUUCAUCUCUUCAGACAGGGUCAAGAAGAGAGGAGUUGUGAUAUAUGCUAAAGAAAGGCACAAUCCAAGACUGCUUUUUAAGGAUGACGAGGGAAGAAUUGUUGCGAUUGAGAUAACUGUACAAGGCCAAAAAUAUAUGAUAUUGGGAAUCUACGGACCAAAUGAUGGGUUUUCCAGAAAAAUCUAAAUUGGUAACACCUGUGACUCUUGGUUGAAUACCUAUAUAUAGUUAUCCUUACAUGGUAUGUUUGUUCUACCCUCUAUAUUCCUGUUGUUCUGUGUUUGCACAUUCACUUUGAGUAGUAUGUAUAACAGUAUUUAUUUUGCGGGUUGAUAACAUACAUUUGGGUUAAGAAACUGAUUAUGUACUUCUUUAUAACAUACAGCGUAUUUGUUGCUGAUGAAGCCUAAUUAUGGCGAAUCAAGGACUGUAAUCUGGGUAACCUUGUCCUUUUUUGUUUGACGUUUUCUUCGUGGCAACUUCAACUGUAUCUUUUGGAGUGGCGAAACUACAGAGUCAUCGCCAGCCUCUACAACCUGCGUCAUGCUCCACAAUAUCUAUCACACUCCUCUGUGGCAACGUUCAUGUUGCAGACUGGCAAGACUAUAAUUAUUACAUCUAUGCUUGACUUUUGUCUGCCUUGGGACCUUGAUCUGUUUUAUGUAGAUCUCGUGAUACAUAUUGACACAUGUUGAUGUCAUAUAUUUACAGUUGAAUAGUUGUACCCAUCUAUUAUUAUGUUUGAGUUCUAUAUUAUAUCUAUUAUAUGUACAAUUGAUGAAAAUUGAGAUUACUUUAGCAGCCGGUUACGAUCUUUGUGUGUUUGGUAUAACGUCAGUCGUGACCUUGGUUGUUUUGGGUGUUAAUACCAGGAGGAGGAAGGCAGUGUUUAGAGGACUCUCGAAUUCUUUCGGAGCUUCCUUGCCUGCCUGAGAUCGAAAACACCAUGUGGCAACCCAAAGCCUGCAGUCUCAAACAACUGAACUAUGACUUAGAUAAAGGAUUGGAUGGAGUUAAAAAAAUACUGAAAUAUUAGAUUUGGAGGGAGCUGGUGUUGAUUUUGGAUGGCAUUGGUACCUAAUGGAAGAAAAACAAAGAAUGCAAAGCAAUUUUAUGAAUAAUGUUAUAAGAAAGUCCCUCUAUAAAAUAUGGAAGAAAUACUGGGGAAUAUUAGAGGCUGAGCCCAAAAUCCUAUGGUGGACAUCACCUCUGGAAAUCAAGGGGGUAAAAAGACGGAAUAUGGAAAAUAAUUGGCCAUCAUAUAAAAAUCUAUUAGAGGAAAAUGAGGGGAAAUUAAAAUUAAAAGAUUAUAAAAGAUCUUAUUUGAGCAGCUGGUUGCAGCAUUUCCAAAUCAAUCAGAGGUUUCAAAAAGAUAGGAA